CGGCGCCGGCCUCGAGUCGAAGCCUUCAGUCACAGUUCGGCGACAGCAGGGUGAGAUCGGUCGCGCCCGCGCAUUGUUCGUGUACUUCGCGCGUUCGGUCGACGACUCGGAUAAGUCGGUCGCUGAAGCACGGCAUCGAUACUGGCAGUGCGAAGUUUCAAUUGUAGUCCUCAGCAACGGGCAGCAGUGAUGUGCGCGACAUAGGCGCCGGCAUGGCGAGCAGCGCGCGGCGCGGCGCCGCCUACACCAUCGACAGCAUCCUGGGCACCCGCCGCUCGCCCGAUGGCGUGGAUCGUUGCAUAGAAAUGAAAAGCGAAGGCAUCCACUCCGACUCCGACCACGAAGUGGAGGCGGAGCACGAGCACGAGCACGAGCACGAGGCGAGCGCCGAGCCCGAGCGCGCCGAGCACGACGCGCUGGACGCGCUGGACGCGGGCCGGCCGCGCAAGCAGGUGCGCCGCAGCCGCACCACCUUCACCACGUACCAGCUGCACGAGCUGGAGCGCGCCUUCGACAAGACGCAGUACCCCGACGUGUUCACGCGCGAGGAGCUCGCCAUGCGGCUGGACCUCAGCGAGGCGCGCGUGCAGGUGUGGUUCCAGAACCGGCGCGCCAAGUGGCGCAAGCGGGAGAAGGCGCUGGGCCGCGAGCACGCGCCCUUCCUGCACCACGAGCACGGUGUGGCUGAGUGGCCACCCGGCAUGGGCGUGGGCGGUGUGGGCGUGGGCGUGGGCGUGGGCGCUGGCGAGUGGUGGCUAGGGCUGGGCGCGCCGCUGUGGCACGAGGCGCAGCCCGCCGCCGCCUUCCGCGCGCUGCUGCACAGGUACGUGCUGGCGCUGCCGCCGCCCGCGCCGCCCUCGCCCGCGCCGCGCUCGCCGUCGCCCGCCGCGCGCCGCUCGCCGCCGCUCGCCGCGCCGCCGCCCGCGCCGCUCGCCGCGCCGCUCGCCGCGCACGCCGAGCCGCUGCGCCUGCUGCACGACCGCUACAGCCGCGUGCACACGUAGCGCUCCAGUGAACGCUGUCCGCGGGACCUAAAUGUUUAUUUUGUCAAACGAUACGUCUAACACGUAGUAUGCAAUACAACCUCCAACAUUCUCGGGGUCCGCACACUGGAACGCCUUCCGCGCUCGCGCUUGCGGGGUCAGCUUGGAGUUCAAAGUUUAUUAUUAAUUUCGAUGAAAUUCAGUCCCAGAGCCCGACCGCAAUCGCGGCCACAGAACUUCGCGCUGACUCUCCGGCCCGAGGUCGCGGCGUUGACGCCUUUCCGUUUCCUUACGUGUUCUUUCCUGUACCCUUCACCUAAUUUGGUCAUUUCCCUGUAUCGAAAGUAUACUGCACAGCGGACUCUCGCCGCGGCCGGAGCCGAGCCCCGCCCGCGAGCGCCGCUCCGCCGAGCCGGCCGCCGGCGGGCCGUGCCCGGGCGCUCGACCCGACCACCGAGUCGGAUGAUAACGUAUAAAUAUAAGUGUAAGAUAGUGUAGCUCCGUAGAGUAAGCUGUAAAUAUUGUAAAGUGUAGAGACGUCACCGGCCGCCGCCCAGCGCUCGUGUCGUCGAGUUAGAGAAAAAACUAAACAAACCAAAGAUGUAGCCCACGCAGGCGCGCUCGGCGGCGGCGCGGUGACCACUGACCGUAGCGUGUAGUGUGCGAUGUCGUCGUGUAGUCUGCCAAUAAACACGUGAGAACA